UGCCCUCUAUCCCAUAGCCAGAGGACGUGUUCACACGAUGAAUCAAUUUGAAGCUACAGAACACCAGCACGUGAGAUACAAUCCCCUCAAAGACGAGUGGAUUCUGGUGUCACCUCACAGGUGUAAGCGACCCUGGAGCGGGCAGACGGAACAGGCGCCAGAAGAACAGCCUCCAGACCCAAACAACCCUUUGAGAGCUGGUGCUGUUAGGGCUAAUGGACAGAAAAAUCCACCCUACACAUCAACAUACGUAUUCCCGAACGACUUUCCAGCACUUCUCGAAAGAGUACCGGAACCGCCCCCGCCUGAACAUCUUCUGUUCCAGGCGUCCCAGGCGAAAGGAACCUGCAGAGUAAUGUGCUUCCAUCCUGAUUCAUCAAUGACAAUACCCCUUAUGUCGGUUGAUGAAAUAAUGGCUGUAAUUGAAGAAUGGAUAAAUCAGUUGCAAGAGCUAGGUCGUCGCUACACGUGGGUACAGAUAUUUGAGAACAAGGGCGCUGUAAUGGGAUGCUCUAACCCCCACCCCCACUGCCAGAUUUGGGCUUCUAGUUUUCUUCCGAAUGAACCACGGGUUAAGGAGAGGUAUCAAAGGGAGUAUUACACUAAAUUUGGCAAAUCGAUGUUAGUCGAGUAUUUGGAACAGGAGCUGAAACAAAAGGAUCGUAUAGUAGUCCAAAACUCAGAAUGGGUCGCCCUAGUCCCAUACUGGGCUGCUUGGCCAUAUGAAACUAUGGUUCUACCCAUAAACAAUAGACCGCAAAGGAUGACAGAUCUCAAUGAGAGUCAGAAGAAGGGCUUGGCGGAGAUCAUGAAGAUGCUGUGUACGAAAUAUGAUAAUCUUUUCAACUGUAGCUUCCCUUACAGCAUGGGGUGGCAUGGUGCACCAACCGGCCCAUCAAAGAAACCAGGUGAUUCCCCCCACUGGUUGUUCCAUGGCAUCUACCUGCCCCCACUACUCAGGUCAGCCACUGUCAAGAAGUUCAUGGUUGGGUAUGAAAUGCUGGCUCAACCACAAAGAGACUUGACACCUGAACAGGCUGCCCAGAAGUUGAGAGAGUGUGAUUUAGUCCAUUAUAAAAAUAAAAAAUAGUUGUCUAUGACAUUAUUGAUAGUGUCUUUGUCUGCCUUGUCUAUGGAUUAAAAAAAUUAUAUAUAAAUAUCUUGCCAUCUAUUCAAAUGGGGACCAGUUCUGUUGUUAUGUAUAGAAAAAUACAAUUAUGUUGAAAUAAAUAAUUAUUUUUUUAAA